AUGCUCUGGACUAACUGGGGAGCAUUGACCCCUAUAAUGUACGGGCGAUCAUAUCACCAGAUCCAGAUGCAGAUGUUUAUCUCCGGUUCGCGGCAGGUCAAGACCGACACCAGCCUCCGUCCCACAUCUCCCUAUCGAAAGGACCUGGAAGUCGGGCACUCUACCCCUCAUGCCAAGUAA